GCGAGUCUUCGCUGUUCCAUUUCUACUUUCUUCUCUCCUGCAAUUCGAACAAUUCACAUUGGCGAGAGACGCAGAGAGUAACCUGAAUGGGGCAUUCCAAGGACCAGUUGCUUGCGCGUUUACAGGAGCUUCAAAUUGAUUUCACCAAAUAUGAACAUCCCGCGGUUUUGACAGUUGAAGCUCAGGAGAAAUAUGUUGGCCAUUUGGGAGGGGGAUUGAGUAAAAAUUUAUUCUUGAAGGACAAGAAACAUAGGUUUUAUAUUGUUUCUGCCCUGAAAGAUACCAAAGUAGAUCUGAAAGUUCUAUCUCAGAGGCUUGGUUUGGGAAAAGGUGGCUUGAGAAUGGCUCCUGAAGAAGCACUUGGAGAAAUACUUCAGGUUUCACUGGGUUGUGUUACUCCGUUUGCACUAGUAAAUGAAUCAGCAAGACAUGUCUCAUUGUUCUUGGAUCAAGGAUUUAAGACCAAGGACUUCUGCUUCUUCCACCCACUAUCUAAUGACAUGUCUAUCGCCAUUAAGGCCUGUGAUCUUGACAAGUUUCUGAAGUCAAUUGGCAAAGACCCCUCAUAUGUCGAUCUGGAGGCUAACCCUACAGUAGGCAAGGAUCAACCUCCUGAUCUAGCUGGCCUUGUUCCAUCUGAUGCCAUAGUCUUGCAAGAUCCUCCAGAAAAAUCUGUUUCCUCUGGUCCUACAGAAAAACAUGCCUCCAUGGAUAAUAAAUCAUCAGUAGCUGCAGCAAAAACUGUUAAGCCAUCCAAUAAUGCGCAAAAAGUCAAGGGGAAACCUGCUAUUUCUGUGCAUCAAUUGAGCUCUUUUACUGAUCCUGGGCACUUUGUGGAAGAAAUCCUAGAUAAAACGUCAGCCAUAGUUCUUUCAGAGAUAACGGAGGAUGCAAUUAAACAACAUGGAGAACAUCUUGGAGCUGUGUUAUCAGACAGUAUCAGAAAACGUCUUAGCUUGGAUUUGAAGAACCUAGCUAUAAUAUACAAGAACACUGCAUAUACAGAAGGUUUUCAUGCUGCUACUCAUCGCCAACACAAGCAUAUCUGAACAAAUUGCUCCUGCUAGUGGGAUAGUAAGAAAAGAAAUCUGCUUGACAUUCAUUCCAAUUUUCUUUUAUGAUAAAGUUUUCUCAUUAUGAAGUUAUGCGACUCUGAAAUUCUUUUCACAAACCACCUUAGUGAUGAUGGCUCAAGUUGUAACCCCUUCCUGGAAAUCUAAUACACUCAUUUAAUAUUUAGAGUCAGCAGGUGGGUGUAGUUUA